CCAAGAAUGACAUUUGUGUUUUGGGUGUGGAGGCCCAGUGUGAGUGUGCUGCUGCUCUUGUGUGUGUGUGACGGAGCAGAGGGGGUGAUCAGGCGUCACUGUGACUGCUAUGAGGAGGAUAUGUAUGUACAGAAAGACAUCGGAGGGUUCAUACAGUGUUCCCUUAAGCCUGGCCUGGGACCCUAUGCUGAGUGCACAGAGAUCACUGACCUCAGGUCUGGGCUGGAGGAGGUAUUUCCUGAUGUGCGUUCUCUUUGUAUCCUUCACUCCGCCUCCUCCCUGCCUGCAGACUCCUUCUCUCACAUUCCCCUCCUGGAGCACCUCUAUUUGGAUGGCUCACACCUGGCAAAGGUGACCUCAGGGGCCUUCGCUGGUCUUCCCAAACUAAGGUUCCUUCACAUCCUCGUCUCCUCCUCCUGGGGCGGAGUGAACGUCACUCUGGAGCCAGGGGUGUUCCAGGGCCUGUCUAGCCUGGAGGAGCUCACCCUGGCUGGGAUGAGUCUGGCCCUGUCCCCCCCUGCUCUGCUGGAUCCCCUGGUACAGGUGAGGAGCCUGAGGGUGGAGCGGGCUGGAGUGAGAGACCUGGGGGAACUGUUCUGUCUCCUCUCCCCUGGGAUGGAGAAACUAGAGACCCUGGAGCUGCCCGACAGCAUGGUCAGCUCCAUCCAGAACGGAGGCUGCUCUGGAUCCAAUCCGUGGCCCACGGUGCUCCUGUCCAGGAUCCGGAUCCUGGAUCUGAGUGGAAACCCGGUGCGGAGGGUAGAGCCGAAGUCUCUGUCUGUGUUCCAGAACCUGUCCAGUCUCUCCCUGUCUAUGGUGGAUGUCUGGGUGGGCCAGCUGUGGGGGUCUGGCAUGGGGAGGGUUAACAAGCUCUACCUGUCCAGUUACACCUUGAGACAGUUCACUCCCAGCCUGUCUGACCUGUGUACUCUUGUAGUAAAACAUGGAGUGGAGUCCUUGGAUCUGCACAUGGCCCUGAUCACAGCCUUCACUGCAGAGGUCAUGAAGAGGUGUGGUCCUGGUCUGAGGCAGCUGUCUGUGACUUCUGAGGAUCUGUCUGGUAUGGACCUGGGGUUCUGGACUGGUACCGGUCAGUUACAGGGUCUGAUGAUGGUCCUGACCAAGCUGACCAACGCCUCGUUCUGCUCUGCAGGGGGAGGGAGGGUGUGGAACCUCACCUCUCUCAUUCUCCAUGACAACCACCUCACUGAGAUCACCACUGAUCAGUUCUCCUGUAUGCCCCUGCUGGAGCGUUUGGAUCUGAGUAGGAACCAUAUCUCCUCCCUGGCCCACCGGGCUCUCCAGGGGAUGCCGCUCCUCCGCGUCCUCGACCUCACCCACAACAAAAUCUCCCUGCUGGGAGAAGACGACUUUGAGGGCCUGCCUGCUCUAGAGGUUCUCCUCCUGGAAGGGAACAAGAUCUCGGGGGGCAUCGCUCAUGGGGUGUUCCGUAGACAGCAUCGACUCCAAGACCUCAGCCUGGGAGAGAUAGACAUUAUCUACCAGCUCUACCUCAACAUGCUGUUCCUGGGCUUCCCCACCAAGCUCCAGCACCUCCUCAUCGACACAGGCCCAGGAACCUACCUCACCGUAGGCCAUGUUCCCGCUCCUGAGUUCCCCAUCGUCCUGGAACUCAGAGGGAAGAUGAUCCAGUCCUCUGACUGUGACAACAACAUGUUCCCCAUGGUCCGAGAGCUGAAGGUGGGCGAGGGAACAACAUUUGGCUGCAGAAACCUUUUCCUGGCCCCCUACUUCCUCAACCUGGAGUCGUUUGAGUUCUCAGCCAACCCUGAGAAGUUUGCCACCCCCUACACCACCAUCAACCAGCUACGAAAGCUGAAGAGGCUCAAACUGACCAAUCUCAACUUCUCCAACCACACAGACCCCAGUGUUACCUUCAGGAACCUGACAGAGCUCAGGAGCCUAGUGCUGAUCAACUGUCGACUCAACUUCCUCACCAGGUCCAUGUUUACAGACCUGGUGUCUCUACGUGUGUUGAGGCUGUACAGUGAGAGCCCUCUGAUCCUGUUGGAGGGGGUCUUCAUUCCCCUGCUGUCUCUCUCCACGCUGGUCUUUGACCAGGUCGACUUCCGCUGUGACUGUUCCAACGGCUGGCUUCUGGACUGGGCCGACAACUCUCGUAAAACACAGGUGGUGCUCCUGCAGCGACAGCAGUGCAUUUGGCACUACCAGCGACUCAACUUCCUGUCCACCAUGGAGCGCCUCUGCCAGACCGAAGACGACUUCCUGUCAUACGUCUCCACAAUGGCCGCUGUGUGCACCCUACUGUGCUUGGCGCUAGGAUACCGCUUCCUCCGCUGGCCCUGUGUCGUUCUAUUCUUUCGUCUGAGAGGAUGGGUGGAGCGACGUGUGGGGAAGAGGUGGUGGAGGAAGAGGAGGAUGGGGGUACAGUGGGAGGAGCUGAUGGAGGGAGAGGAGAAGGAGGAAGAGGUGAGGUAUGAUGCGUUUGUGUCGUUCAGCAGUCGUGAUGAGGCGUGGGUACUGGGAGAGAUGGCCCCGAUGCUAGAGGAGGAGGGGGAGCCACGACUACGACUAUGUCUGCACCACCGAGACUUUGAGGUAGGGAAGGGCAUCGUGGAUAACAUCGCUGAGAACAUCUACUGCAGCAGGAGGACGGUGUGUGUGUUGACCAGACGCUACCUGAGGAGUGACUGGUGUGGCCUGGAGAUGAGAGUGGCUACACACCGCCUGUUGUCUGAGCACAGCCACAGACUCAUCCUCAUCUUCCUAGAACCCAUCUCCCCCUUCGAGCUGUCCGCCUUCCACAGGCUGGCUAAGCUGGCCAGAACCCGGACCUACCUGGACUGGCCCCAGGAUGAGGACGAGAGGGUAACGUUCUGGGAGCGUUUACGACGAAACAUCGCAGAGCGAGACGCAGACGAACUGCAUGAUCCUCCGGAAGCAUCCUGAAGUCAUCUGCAUGUUCCCCGCGAUGUUCUACAUUCUACGUUUAGAGAGAUAGUGUUAGCUACUGAU